UCGAGCGACUCAGUCUUUUUUCUUUUCUUUUCCUCCAUUAGAAGCUCUGUCAGCCCCACGCGACAGCAGACCGCGCGUCCUGUGGUUUAACUCUGUUGCCAUCUUUUUUCUGGAUUGUCAUUUUUGUGUGGAUGAGAUGUUCUCAAAUGUGAUCAUUUUAAUUUCUUUUCUGGCCCUUCACUGUGCAGCUGAUCUGUGUAACUGGACUGGAAGCGGUUUUGCAGCUGGUGUGGACUCUAGGAUUGUUCUCCAGGUGCGGCUUCGCUGUACAGAGGGCUCUGUGAGGUGGGUCUACCCGGGUCAGGCUCUUAGGGUGGUUCUGGAGCCAAAUCUGUCCUCCGCCCGGCGCAGUACCAUCUGCAUCAAACCAUAUCCGUCCUUUGGCGGAACCAGCGUCUUCAUUGAACGGACCGGGGAGUUGGAGCUGCUGGUGACGGAGGGCGGGCGUCCCGAGCGGCAAGUUUUCUGUUUUAGGGCUGAUGGGCCCCACAGACCCGCUAUCUACCUUCAGGCCAGUCCACAGAGUGAUCAACCCUGGAGCAGACGUACGAUGGGUUUCAGAUAUGAGCUGGUGAGCAUCAAGAAUGCUGCGCCCAUGGGCACCGGCGUGCUGCAGACUUCAUGCAGACCCUGCAGUGACACAGAACUGCUCAUGGCCAUCUGCAACAGUGACUUUGUGGUUCGAGGCCACAUUAACAAUGUCUCCCACGACUCUCAGCGUCAGACAUCUUUGGUGGAGGUGUCAGCAACAAGGGUGUACUGGCAGCGCAGUGGAGUCUUUGAGCAACAAGUGAAUCCGGCUUUGUCUUCUCGGUUGUCUCAAUCCUGGCAUGGACACAUCCACACGCUCAUGCAGUGCCAUGUGAAGCCUGGGGCUGGAGAGUUUCUCUUCACAGGAUCAGAGCACUUUGGGGAAGCUUGGUUAGGCUGUGCCCCCCGAUACAAAGACUUCCUAUCUGUUUACUACAAGGCUCGGACAGAGCAUCGGAACUCCUGCGACUUCCCUCCAGACUGAAGGGCCACAUAGUCUAUCCCCAAACAGCUCUGUACUGACGCUGUGGGAUCCUUGUAACGCUGUCAUGUGCCAGCAAGGUGGCAUCCAGCCCCACCAGCAGGGGCAAAGCUACUGAAAUGCUGGUGAAAAACACAUUUGGAGCAGCAGAACAGGGCAAACAGCAGGGCCUCCUGCACUGAAGCUCCAAAAGGGCUGGCUUUUGUCUGUCUCCCAUCACUGCCCUCAGCCCUGGGAGACUAAAGAGGGGUUGGAUUGCUGCUCUCUUUUUGUGACUCUCCCCUCAUCAACUGUUGUUCACUUCGCUGGCUCUGUGUGACAGUUGCCCUGUGAACUUUUAUGGGGGGGAAAGUGGAGACGCAUCCAUUCAUCAUCAUCAAUGUGUCUUUGUGAGCAGGCUUGUACGAAUAUGCUUGUAAAAAUGUGUUUAACCUUGACUACAGUUUGAAAUUGUCUUCUUUUGUGUCAAUGUUCAAAGUUGACAUUUUCAUUCUUUUGUAAUAUAUAUCUUGGUUUGAAUUCACAUUUUUUUACAGGGUUGCUUUGAAUAAACUGCACAAAUAUAACA